AUGCAAGCUUUUGAGUCAGUGGGGAGACCUGGAAUUCCAUGUCACUACUUUCUUCCUUUCUUUGUGUUUAUAAAUGACUUCUCACUGCCUCUUCUUCUUUAUCUGAUCAUACCAAUGGCUUUUUCAUUACUGAAUCUGUUGAGAUUUAUGUCCUUGAUUUCCUUUCUGUCCUUGUUUCUUGCAAUCCACUUAUCCUCCUUCAUACCUCCCCCAUGUCACAGAAAGGAGUGCUUGGCUUUGCUGCAGUUCAAGCAAAGCUUUUUUCUCAACAAGUCUGCCUCUAUUGAUCCUUCUGCUUUUCCCAAGGUGAAUUCAUGGAGACAAAAUGGAGAGAAUUGUGACUGCUGCUUAUGGGACGGUGUUGAGUGUGAUGAGAACACAGGCCAUGUAAUUGGCCUUGACCUCAGUAGUAGCUGCUUGUAUGGCCCAAUCAGCUCCAACAGCAGCCUCUUCAACCUUGUUCACCUUCAAAGGCUUAACCUUGCAGACAACGACUUCAACCGCUCUCGAAUCCCUUCUGAAUUUAGAUUCUUUUUGCAACUGCGACACCUCAACCUCUCCUCUUCAGGAUUCCAUGGCCAAAUUCCAUCAGAAAUUUCAGAGUUAAGUAGAUUGACUUCUCUUGAUAUUACUGGUGGUGCUGAUCAAUCCGAUGGAAGAUUGUUGGAGCUCAAAAGUCAUGACCUGGAUAGGUUAGUCCAAAAUUUAACUCGCAUUCAGGAACUGUUCCUUGAUAAUGUAGGCAUAUAUACUGCAAUCCCUGAUAACAUUGCAAACUUGUCUUCAUUGACAUCUCUCCAUCUUGGAAAUUGUGGACAUCAUGGUAGAUUUCCAGUUAGAGUUUUUGAACUACCAAACCUGCAAGAUCUCAGUGUGGGAAUGAAUGAAAACCUGUUUGGUUAUCUUCCUGAGUUUCACAGGAGAGCUCCCCCACUUAAGAGAUUAUGGCUUGAGGGAACAAAUUUCUCGGGGAGAUUACCUGAUUCAAUAGGAAGCCUUCGUUCUUUGACUCUGUUAAAUCUUGCUCUCUGCAAUUUUAGAGGGCCACUUCCAUCUUCCCUUGGUAAUCUUACCAAUCUCACCUUUCUCAAAAUCAGAAACAACAACUUCUCUGGCCAAAUCCCUUCUUCCUUUGCCAACCUUACACAACUUUCAAGUUUAUCUCUUUCAGAAAAUGAUUUGAGUUGUGGUUCCCUGUCUUGGCUUGUUAAGCUAACCAAGAUCACUCAUCUGAGCCUUGGACAAUGCAAUAUAACCGGUGAAAUUCCUCGUGCUCUUGCAAACCUGACUCAACUUGAUACUCUCAUACUUGACUCAAACCAUUUAAGUGGUCGAAUUCCGCAUUGGCUUGCAAACCUCACCCGAUUAUCCGUCUUGAGCUUCGAAUCUAAUGAAUUGCACGGCCCAGUUCCUGAUUUGAUCUCAAAAUUAGUGAAUCUUGACCACCUUAAUUUUAAGAACAAUCACUUGAGUGGCAUUGUGAAUCUUGACCAAUUUUUCACCCUCAAACGUCUCAGCUAUCUAGAUAUAUCAUAUAACAAUUUUUCCUUGCUCAAUGAAACCAGUCCAAAUGCUACUCGUUCAAAGUGGAGGAUAUUGGGGCUUGCUUCCUGCAACUUGAGGGAUUUCCCAACCUUCCUUAGGUAUCAAGACAAACUGGAGUACUUGGAUCUCACUGGAAACAAAAUCCACGGCCAGAUUCCAAGUUGGUUUUGGGACAUUGGAAGAGAGACUCUGCAGUCUAUUAAACUUGGUUUCAAUUUUUUUACUAGCUUUGACCAAUCUUCAUCAAUCUCACACUUCUCUAGACUUCAAGUCUUACAACUGCAAUCUAACAAGCUGAAAGGACCACUUCCUUUGCCACCACCCUCCAUUGUUGAAUAUUCAGUCUCCAAUAACAGUUUCACUGGAGAAAUUUCAUCAAUGUUCUGCAAUCUGCCUCACCUUUAUUCUCUAGAUUUGUCAUUCAACAAUUUGAGUGGCAUGCUUCCACAAUGUUUGUUCAAGUUGGGGAAUAAUCUGGCAGUAUUGAAUCUUGACAGCAACUUCUUCCGUGGGACAAUUCCUGAAACAUUCGUAAAUGAAAGUAAGCUGAAGAUGAUUGUUUUGAGCCAUAACAAACUGCAGGGAAGGAUACCAAUUUCAAUUGCUAACCAUACAAUGUUAGAGAUUCUUGAUCUUGGUCACAAUAAAAUCAGGGAUACAUUCCCCUCCUUUUUAGGUGCUUUGCCUAAUCUGCAGGUCCUUAUUCUGCGAUGUAACAAACUUUUUGGUGCAAUUGGAAAGCCUGCUACUAGUUCUGAAUUUUCCAUGCUGCGCAUCCUAGACCUCUCCUUCAAUUAUUUUACGGGUAUGCUACCAUCCGAGUAUUUUCGAAUAUGGAAUGGCAUGAGAAUAUUUGAUGUGCAUGAGUUCUCAUAUAUGGAGGUAAGCAAAACUGUUCGGAUUCCUGAUUAUUUGACCAUUGUCAAAAUUGGAAUCCCAUUGUCUUUGGUUACCAAAGGUAUUGAUGUGGUGUAUGUGAAGAUCCCAAAUGCUUUUGUAGCUAUUGAUCUUUCAAGCAACAGAUUUGAAGGAGAGAUUCCAGAGUCCAUCACAACUCUGAAGAAGCUCCUUUCACUUAACCUUUCCAAAAAUCGUCUUUCGGGUCGAAUCCCAUCACUCAUUGAGAACUUGACAGAGCUUGAAUCAUUAGACCUAUCGAACAAUAUGCUCUCAGGAGAGAUUCCGCAGCAGAUGACACAAUUGACAUUCCUUUCAUUCUUUAAUGCCUCUCAUAAUAAUCUCUCGGGUCAUAUACCACAAGGUAAACAGUUUGAUACAUUCGAGAACAGUUCAUUCGAGGACAACUUGGGAUUGUGUGGGAAGCCAUUGUCAAAGAUGUGCGGAAAUGCAGGGGAAUCACCUCCAUCACCUCCGACCAGUGAAGAUGAUGAGGGUUCAGGAGGUUCUUCCGUAUAUAUUCAGUGGAUGGUAACUGCUAUAGGAUAUGGAAGUGGACUGGUGGUUGGUGUUGUUUUUGGACUCAGGUUCACCACAUGGAAACAUGAAUGGUUUGUGGAAACCUUUAGCCGGAGGCAACCAAAAAGGCGAGGGAACAGGAGGGGACGGAGAGUUUGGAGCUCUUAA